AUGGGAGUUGUAGUUCCACUAUGUUGUGGUGUAAAGCGUCUCUGCUGGGUGCGUUUGUUUCAGAGCGUGGAGGAGAAGGAGGAGUUGGAGCUGCUGUGUGCUCAGCUGAAGGGAGACGCCCGGAUGUACCGCCAACGAAACAAACAAACCCUCCGACAGCUGGAGGAGGUGAUCCGAGAGAGAGACAAGGCUCUGGCGUCGCAGGCGGAGCAGCAGGAGGAGGCGCGGCUGCUCCUGCAGGAGAAGGACCAGCACCGGGAGACGGUCCGACAGCUGACGGAGCAAUCUGAUAGGCUGGAGCUGCUGCUGCUCAGCUCGCAGGGGGAGGAGCUACAGCUGAGGACACGCCUCCGCAGACUCACCUCCAACACCCACCAGGGUGAGAGGAGCAGUGAGGAAGAGGAGGAGCCAGCAGAGAGAGCUGCUAAAGGUGAGAGUCAGGUCACCUUUCUUUAUAUUUAUAUUAUCAGAGACUCCACACUCAGCCAGCACAUUUACACUGAUGUUGAUCAAUGGCUUCUUCAUCAAUGA